AUGUCUUCACUGACAGGGUCUGAUCGUGUUAACUUGAGGGCGUCAACAAGUGACAUUGUACGUGGCGGUACGGCGGCAAUAUCUGUGAUAAUCAGUUAUUUUGCUUCCUGUGCCUGUCUCAGUGACAAAAACGAGUUCCCAACAUUUUUCAGAACAGUAGCCAGUGAUGCCGUUCAAAUCAAAGCUUUGUUGAGACUCAUAAAUUAUUUCAAAUGGAGCUGGAUUGGCAUUAUUGCAGUUGACAACGUUCAUGAUGAAAUCUGGAACUCUAAUGUCUGCGUCUCCUAUACGGAAUUCAUCUCUUCGGGUGAUGCUCGUGACAGAAUGUCAAAGAUUGCAGAUAUAAUCAUACAAUCCUCUGCAAAAGUGAUCAUAUUGUUUUGCGGAGAAAGCUACACUUUCUCUUUAAUUCAAGAACUCAAAGUGAGAAACAUCACUGAUUUGCAAUUGAUCGCAAGCGAAGCCUGGGUCACCUCAUCCCUGAUAUGGUCAAAAGAAAGUCAGGACAUUUUGACUGGCACAAUUGGUUUUGGAAUCAGGAAAGCGGAGAUUCCAGGACUCGAAGAUUUUUUAGUUAAAUUUCAUCCUUCCACAUCACCAGAAAACCCACCAUGUACAGGAUCAGAGGAUCUGAAUUUAACUAAGAACAUAUACACUGACGUGUCACAGCUAAGGGUUUCGUACAAUGUUUAUAAAGCAGUUUAUGCUGUAGCACACGCCCUUCAUCAAAUCCUACAAAAUGGAAAAGGACCGUUUUUAAACAAAACAUGCGGCCAAAGAUCAAACAUCGUACACUGGCAGCUUUUGCAUUAUCGUAAAGAAGUCACGUUUAUGAAUAAAUUUGGUGAAGAAGUAAGCUUUGAUUGUAAUGGAGCUCCAAUGGCUUCAUAUGACCUAAUAAACUGGCAAAGGAGUGCUGAUGGGUCCGUUAACUUUGUAAAGGUUGGUUUUUAUGAUGCAGCGUUGCCAGAAGGAGAAAAGCUUGUGUUGGAUGAACGCACCAUCGUACCAGUGUCAGUUUGUAGUGACAGCUGUCCAACAGGUACAAGGAAAGCAACUCGGAGGGGUGAGCCUAUUUGCUGCUUUGAUUGUUUACCAUGUGCUGAUGGGGAAAUUAGUAACAAACAGGUACAUUCUGUUGAAUGCUUCAAGUGUUCAUUACAUCACUGGUCAAACGAUGAAAGAAAUGAAUGUAUUGCAAAGGAAAAUGAAUACCUCUCCUUUCACGAUGGAAUUGGAAUAACACUGAUGAGCAUUUCACUACUUGGAGCUUGUAUCACAGGGGCUGUGGCAGCUGUAUUCUUAAAUUUCAUAAAUACUCCCAUUGUCAGGGCCAACAAUUCGGAACUAAACUUUCUUCUACUAAUCUCAUUAAUACUGUGCUUUCUGUGCUCCACUGCAUUCAUUGGACAGCCAUCACCAUGGUCAUGCAUGGUGCGGCACACUGUGUUUGGAGUUAGUUUUGCUUUAUGUAUUUCUUGUCUUCUUAGUAAAACUCUGGUAGUCCUAAUGGCAUUUAAAGCAACUCUGCCCGGCAGAUAUAUUAUGAAAUGGUUCGGACCCAAACAACAAAGGUCAACUGUCUUUUUCUCGACAUUGAUUCAAAUUAUAAUAUGUGUGUUCUGGUUGGUAAUCUCUCCCCCACUCCCAGCUAAAAACACCAAAUAUCAAAGUGCAAAGAUUAUCCUUGAAUGCGACUUGGGAUCUCCGGUUACUUUCUGCUGUGUGUUUGGUUACAUUGGGCUCCUGGCUUGUUUUUGUUUAAUUUUAGCUUUCUUGGCCCGAGCGUUACCAGACAAAUUCAACGAAGCGAAGUUUAUAACAUUUAGUAUGCUCAUUUUCAUUGCUGUGUGGUUAACUUUUAUCCCUGCUUAUGUAAGCACCCAUGGGAAAUAUACAGUGGCCGUGGAAGUGUUUGCAAUUUUAACAUCGAGCUUUGGGUUGCUUAUCUGCAUAUUUACUCCAAAAUGUUAUAUUAUUUUGUUAAAACCAGAAGAAAACACCAGAAAACACUUGACCGCCUAA